UUACCUCCAACCACGGAAAUACCUUUUCUGACCCGGGACUGUUUUUGCCCUUUUGGCUGAAACCUCCAGCUAGUGUCUGUUUCCUCAGAACAUUCCUGUUCCUGAGGGCUCAAGGAAAGGAGAACAACGGAUUUAAUUAACUGCCGGUGACUGGCAGCAUCGUGUUUUUAUCUGGGCUGCGUCACCAUGGCAGCCUCAUGGUGGGGUUGUCGAGGGGGCGGGCAGAGCUAUUGUUCGUACCCUUGUCUGCUCUGGAACGCAGGCCCAGGAGGAUAGGACUGGCAUGGGCACCGAGUGACACAUGGCUGAAGGCAGCCAGAGUCAGACAGAAGCCAUCUGGGGAAGAUGGGGUGGCCAAGGCCUGGCAUCCUUUCAGCCUGGGUCUUAAGCUGAUUGUGGGCACCAAAGCUGAGUGAAGGUUGGUGUGCCAAGGGCAAGCAGUUCCUUAGAGCUCCUGGAAAACCAUACUUCCCACGAGCUCAGGCCAGGGCUUUGCUGCUAGGCCUAGGUUCAAAUUAGCACUGCCAUCUGUGCAGUUAACUGCUCUUCCAGUUCUCAGCUGUGAGUUAGAAAUAAUUCGUUACCCGCUCCUGGUAGAAGGCAUUGGAAAAGGGCCCUGGGGAUGGUGACCCGUCGGUUGCUUGCUGGCCUUAACUAAGCAGUCGGGGCUCCUGAAUUCUCUCCCGAUGCAGAGAUGUCCUCAGCCCCCUGCUGCAAUAGGAGGUGGAUCCGAAAGAUAAAUCUCAUCUAAUUUUCCACCCCUCUGCAAAGAGGGAAAGGAAUUGGUGGAAGGGCUGGAAGUAAGAAAGAUGUAGCCACGUGGGGUUUGCGCAUGAGUAGGUGGUGAGGGAAGUCAAGUUGGGGCUGGAAUCCGGCUGGCAGAGGCGCCUAGAGGAAGGAAAGAGCGCCUGGCCCACGCCCAGCACACCGCAUCGGGAGCAGACAAAGCCGGGCCGGUGGCAUGCAGUGGCAGCCGCUCGCCAGUCUCUUACAGGCGUGGCUAAUAUUUGGAAGCAGUGAAGGGCAGAAGCUGGGUGCCAGGCGAGCUGCUAGUGGACCUCCAGUUGGUGGACUGUCCUUUUCUCCACCCCAAAUAACCGCGCCGAGACUACCCUAGUGCCCUAGUGUUCACAGCCUCGGAAACCACCUCGAAGCUGGACCCUGGCUGGGGUUGCGGGCGGACUCCGCGCGCCCCCUGCUGGCCGGUCUUGGGUCGUGUCGGCACGCGGUGGCCGGGUCUCGAUUCGGGGAAACCCUAUCAGGGGAACCUCGGGCGUGACGUCAUCCCUCGGUGACGUCACCCGGCCCCCGGGGAGUGCGGGGGUUCCCACCGAGGAGGCAUCCCCGGCCCUGCGCGGGACGCGGGUGCAGUCCGGGAGUCACCCAGGAUCCCGGCGAGCCUCGCUGAGCCCUGUGUCUGCCCCACAGGUCGCUCGCGGCCCCGGGUGAAGCAGGCCCGCGCCGGCCGGCGCCAUGGAAAGGAGCGGGAACCAAAGUUGCCCUCCGCCGGCAUGCGCGCCCAUUGAGCCCCGCCGCAGGCAGCCCCCGGCCGCAGGUCCCCAAGUGACGCUGGCGGCACCUGGGAGCGUGGCGCGGCCCCGGGGCCACGCCGAGGAACCCAGCGUCCAGUAAAGCUGCCGAGGACCUGCCUCUUGCGCCGCAGCCAUGGUGAUGUCCCAGGGCACCUACACGUUCCUCACGUGCUUCGCCGGCUUCUGGCUCAUCUGGGGUCUCAUCGUCCUGCUCUGCUGCUUCUGCAGCUUCCUGCGCCGCCGCCUCAAACGGCGCCAGGAGGAGCGACUGAGGGAGCAGAACCUGCGUGCCCUGGAGCUGGAGCCCCUCGAGCUUGAGGGCAGCCUAGCUGGAAGUCCUCCGGGCCUGGCGCCGCCGCCACCACCACACCGCAGCCGUCUGGAGGCGCCUGUGCACGCGCACUCGCACGUGCACGUGCACCCGCUACUGCACCACGGGCCCGCGCAGCCGCACGCGCACCCGCACCCACACCAUCACGCACUGCCGCACCCACCGCCACCGCACCUCUCCGUGCCGCCUCGGCCCUGGAGCUACCCGCGCCAAGCGGAAUCGGACAUGUCUAAGCCGCCGUGCUACGAGGAGGCGGUGCUGAUGGCCGAGCCGCCGCCGCCCUACAGCGAGGUGCUCACGGACACUCGCGGCCUCUACCGCAAGAUCGUCACGCCCUUUCUGAGCCGCCGCGACAGCGCGGAGAAGCAGGAGCAGCCGCCUCCGAGUUACAAGCCUCUCUUCCUGGACCGGGGCUAUACUUCGGCGCUGCAUCUUCCCAGCGCCCCGCGGCCCGCCGCCCCCUGCCCUGCCCUCUGUCUGCAGGCUGAUCGCAGCCGCCGGGUCUUCCCCAGCUGGACCGACUCAGAGCUCAGCAGCCGGGAGCCCCUGGAGCACGGAGCUUGGCGCCUGCCCGUCUCCAUCCCCUUGUUCGGGAGGACUACAGCCGUAUAAAGGGGCGCCCGGCGUCCCGGGCCCCACGGGCGAACUCCUAGCCUGACUGCGGGGCUUUUUAAACGCUUCCCUUGGACUGCAGGGAGGGGUGGGGGGAGGGUGGGA